GAAGAUCAUAGACACAAGAAAUCAGCAAUGGCGUAAAUCCUCGACUUACGGUGCAUUACUCAACGCGAACAACGCCAGUAUGGACGGCUAGGUCUUCAUCGCUAGAACCAUCGAAAAUACGCUCACCAAGAUCAUGAAAGAGUUCAUUGCAUUCGCGACACUUUGUCUGCUACCGAACGUAUUACCACGAGCCAAGACGGCGCGCAACUUCUGCUGGACCUCGAGUCAAGGGCAAAUUGACUACUACAUGAAAGCCCACGCUCGGAGGCAGCUUCGACACGUUUCCCGUAGGCAGUUUUCAACCUGUCGUGGACACGAUAUUUAUUCGUAUACAACCGAAGUCGAAAUGUCGCGAGAACGGACGCCACGGUCCCUCGACCUCACCUCGGUGGUCUUGCACAUAGUGCGAGUGUACAUUUGGAGCUACGUCUCCGUAUCAAAGUGGGCUUCACGUCAACUGAUGCUCUCAGGAAGGUCACAAGUGUGCCAGAGAGGGAAUCCGGACAUUCUGAUCAAUGCUCCAUCAGAGAAGGGUCGCGGACGUAUCUAAUUCUUGGAGAGAAACCCCUACAAUUGAGAUUUCGAUGACGCUCUCUUUGAAUGGUACGCGAAGAAAAUGGGUUAGGCGUGAUGCUUAGUGGCAUUGUUCCUCGAGACGAGUCAAAGACAGACACUGGGAUACCCCGACUUCUCAAGGAAAUC